AUGGAAAAGUCCUCCUUUCACGCGGCUGCUUUCCAAUUUGCUUUAAAUAAUAAUCCCAAUUCCGUCUCCCUGAGCGCCCUUUUGAAUGCCGCCGAAGCCAGUAAGUUGAUUUUAUGUCUAUCCGGUGGUGUUUUUGGCGUUUUGAUCCAGAAGAAUAAGAUCGUUUCUGAUGUCUGAUUUCGUUCUAGAUGCCAGAACACCUCAGAUUCCAUCAGUUCUUCUUCCUAACUCCAACAACUUCAUUCCAGCGGCUCUCCAAUCCCUGAAUCCAGAUUCUCAAUCCCAAUCCUCAUCAUCUCACAGUUCUGACCACAUCUUUGCGGUCCCUCGACCUUUGGCCCAAGCUUCUUUGGAUGCCACGACCUUAUUCUCGCCUUCAUCUAGUCUGAAAUCGUCUUUCAUUUCUAAAACAACGUCCUCUUCCAGAGGAUGCAAUUUUUGUGGUUCUCUCAAUGGACAGACCCAAAAAGAUCUGAUCGAAUGCGAUGGAUGUCGUCAAGUGUCAUAUUGCAGUGAUCAACACAAGGUGAGUGUUUGCUGUUCUCAUUACUGAAUCACGGUAUGUGCUUUUUGGAAGGGGAGGGUUAUAUAUUGGAUAUCGCAAUGGAGAAUAUCAACUUUUAAGUUUGACGCUCCAUUCCGGUGAUCUAAUGUCUGUGGGAGUGUUUUUAUGCGCAAUUAUUUCGCGGGAGACGGCUAACCCCGAAAACGCACGUUUUUUAGUGUUUUUGAGAUUGUUUUGAAUUCGGAGAUUGACAAUCGGGGAAACUGAAAAAUACGGCAACGAUCCAUAAUGGGCAGAUUUGGAGAAUUCGUUCGAAUGUCGUAGAUACCAUUACAUCUUUGCUAAAAAUGUGUAAUUAGGAAAAGCGAAUAAAUUGUAAGUGUAAAGAAUUUUUAAAGUGCAAUUUUCGAAAAAGUGUUAGGUCUGAUCUAAUAUUGUUAGAAGAUCAUUGUUUUAAGUCAAUUUCUACGACGUCACAUUUUUAAAAGGCUUAACACUUAUAAAAAUUUUCUAGUAUGACAUCAUUUCUAACAUUGUUACAUCAAAAUUAACGGUUUUUUCAAAGUUAUAUUUUUUUGAAUUGGCAUUUACAGUUCAUAAUUUUUUUCGAAUUUUACAAAGAUUUAAGGAUUUCGAUGAUAUUUGAACGAUUUAUCAGAAUUUUUCCAUUAUGGCACUGUCCAUUAUGCUCUGGCCAUUAUGGGAUCGGCCCAUUACGAACCGUUGCCGUAUUUUUCAGUUUCCUUAAUUGUAUUAUUCCCCAAAUGACGACGUUCCUUUUGAAUUCUUGCAAAAGGGCGUCAACGAAGGAAGGUUUCGGGAUAUCCCCCUUGAAAAGGUCGAAACAGAUGGUCGGGUCAUUGUCGCUCCUUGAUUAUAAAGUGAAAGCUUCCAUUGGAUGACAUUGGGAAAGGUUUUGGACUAGAAUAGAACUAGAGUUUGUGGUUGAGAUUAGCCAGGAUAAAAUUUCAAGGUUUAGUGGAUUUAUUGGUUAGGCCGGAGUGACUAUGUUCUUGGAGAAUUUAAAGCUUUUGUAGGUUGUAUCUUGUGUUUGCUCUGAACAGUUGCAAAUGAGCUGUCAAAUGGCCGAAGCCUUGUUUCCCCUCUGGGGAUUUGGCUGCCAAAUGGCGGUUUUACGUGAUUUUGCAAAUAAUUUUAAUUUCCCAGCCCCCUACUCUGGUGUAAUCUAUUUUUGAGGCCAUAAUUAGUUGCAAAAUGAAUAGGUUGUGGGUCAGUUGGAGUCUAUGCUGGGAAUGGGAGUAGCAAAUGAGGUUGUGUCGUAAAUUGCGAGCAAGGAGAAUAAGAAUCGUUGUAUCAUCAGCUACAGUAACUUGUUUUUGACACUUGAAUGGUUGAUUGUAAAAAGGAAUGACCGAAAUGGAUACUGUAGAAGGUGAAGAACCAUUUUGGGAAAAGUACAGUACAGAUACAUAGUUUAUGAUGCUUUUAAUAUAUAUUUACUGUCGUCUAACCAUGACAUUACCUAUUCUAAUUUCUCACCUUAAUGCUUUCUGUGAAGUCUUUGUUAUUUCGGAUUUCAAAAUGUUGAUCUCGUCUUUGUCGUUUAAUUACGCAAGAAAUGGAAAAAACCUUGUCAGGGAAGGUGACCGGAAGGGAUAAUGUCGGAAAAGAAGGGGUCUCUUCUGAGCUCCCUUUCUUCUUAGUCACGGUUUGUUUUGUCAGGCAUUACUCAUGGUGACAAGAAAAAUCAAAUGUCACCUCUUUAUUCCAGCGGGUUCUUAGAAGUCUCCAACGGUUUUGGCCAUGCUUCAAUGGAAAAAGGGGCUAAUUGCCAUCAAUUUUAUUUCCUCGCCCUCCUCAUAAGCCGUGUUAUCUCUUCUCCCUCUUGAUUCAUCGGUUCGAAGGAGAGUAUUGACUAGAUAUUUGUUCGUUUUUUUUUCUUUCCAUUGCUCACCAUUCUGUUUGAAUUUGCACGUAUACUUCAGCUUUUCCGCGUGCACUCUUUCGCCGCACUGUUCCUUUCUCUUCCAUCCCACCACCGAGGAGAAAGAAUUCGCAGUUUUCGGGAGGAGAAACGGAGGAACCCGGGCUGAGGAAACUCCGCGGAAUGGACAUCGCAUUAGGCCGGCUGGGCACCCAUCAGGGCGGAUCAACUGGCCAUCAGAAGGGGUCAUAUGAUCUAUAAGAUGAUGCCUCAGGGCCUGAAGUCAUUUCGAAGGUCUUCUUCGAAAAGAUGCAUUUCGAUUACAAAAACUACGGUAGGAACUGCUGAUUAGCUGGAGAUGAUCCACAUGUUGAAAAAUAGGUUGCAGUUAGCCUAAGAUUAGUUGUUUGCUUUUGUUCCAACUUAAGUCUUAAGUUUGUCCUGUCUGAAAAGAGUGGGGAUACUGUAGGAUAGGGUGACUUUUUGUCCUUUUUCUUCUUAAGAAUAGCUGGAUAUUAUGCCAUAACUAAUCCAACUCUCUUCGGGUUGUUCUUUUUACGUGUGGAAAUUGAGAAGUCACCCAGAAUGGGAAUUACUUUUGUCUUUACUCCACUAUUUGAUCGUAACCGUAGUGAUGGGAACACAGGUUAUCGUUCCGAACGCCUUGGAAGAAGCCCUGGGGUUUAUCUGACAGAACUCCCUUAUCUUACCUCGAGAUUGGAAAACAAUAGUUUUAAAAAGUUGGGCUAGGGAAGUCAUGAGUAAUAUAAAGUUGAAAAUUUCAUGGUAUUUUAAUGUAGAUUAUUUGUCGAUGUAAUGGAUUUUAUUUUUUAUGAAAUUAUGGACUUCUCGCUUAAUGAAUAGCGCUUCGGAAUCUUUUUUAAUUUGCUAAAGAAACUUUUUGCAUAUGAGAUUGCAUGGAAAAGCGUGCAGUUCCAAAGUUUACCUGUUAUUUGCGAAUCUGGCUUGUUUUCUUGGGAUUCGCACGUAAAUGGUUAAUUUGGAUUUUUGGAGGCUCGAUUUCACAAGGCACAAGGAGCACAAAAAUUAGGUAGAUUGAGCGUUAUAUUUUCGUUUCGACCGGUCGAAUAGUUUUUCCUUUCGGUGGUUUUUUUGACGAUUUUUCAAGAACUCUUGUCAAUUCUGAACGUAAAGUAUGAAUUGCAGAAAUUCGAUUGGAAGAAGCACAAACCCAUUUGUCGGACGACACAAAUGCGCAUUGCCACCCACAAUCAGCAGAACCUGAACGAGCCCAUGGACACGUCCGUCGACUCGAUCAUGGGAAAAAGUGCCAGUACCGGUUCUCUCCAUUCAAUGUCCGCCAGUUGCUCCAGUUCAGGUAUGCCAUCCUUGUGAUUUUUCGGUUUGUUGUAUACUGUCUGGAUGACUCUUGGUUUAGCGCUUUUUUAAUCGUGAGUAAUCUGGGAUCUAGUGUUUUUGCUAUCAAAGGCGGGUCAAAUCCGAGGUUACGUGAGCAUCGCCUGCUUUUUUACGACCUCACUUUCUGUUUGAGGCCCUUUUCCGCUUUUUGCUACAUCUCUCCUGAGGUUGGCAUACUGUAAUUCCAAAGAAACUGGAAAUGCGUGACCUUUUGACUGUUUUAAAUGCAUUAAUUCAGAAGUCAAGUGGACAAUAUAGCAUCUCAAAAGAUUCGUAAAAGCAUACUGUAAUAUUUAAAGCCCCAUCCUCACUCUCGAUUCCCUAGAUACGUGUAGAUGGGGAGGCCCGGAGUUGUUGACAAUAAGCUCUUUGCAGGGUUUUCGGAUGUUUCGUGCAGCUCGAAUGGAUUGGGACAAGAACGUUUGAUCGAAACGGAUGAUCCUGAUAUCAACAUUAUUGAGACCGAUUCUUCGCCAAGGAAGGUGCAGAAGCGCCGAAUGAGUGACGAGAAUACCCUCAACCCUCAGGGCAAGCCAUACAAAGACCACUCCAAAAAUCUCCUUUUUAAGGUAUAUUGUAAUAUCGUGAUUCUUAUGCAGUUUUAUAGACCACAUUACAAGAUCAUAUGAAGUCUUUGGCAGCGUCUGGAUUGGCCUUAAAUAAGCACAAGGCAAUUGCGUUUCGGCUUCGGGUAAGUAUUCAUUAUUUUGAAAUUCACACAUGCGGAUUGGGUAGUAGACAAAAAAAAAUUUUUUUUAAGUAUAUCGCGGAGCAUGUGAUACGAUCUCUGAAUGAAUAUGGAUGGGCCGUGGUCGAUAACUUUAUGGGAAAAACGCAUUGUCAAUACACGUAUAAGGAGAUCGAACAGCUCUAUAAUCGAGGAGUUUUCAAAGAAGGACAACUCAUGGAGGCCAAGGACCCUCAAGUUUUGCCAACCAAGGAUAUUAGAAGUGAUAAGGUACGUAUCGAAUACUGUUACGUUAUGUGUUUACAUUUGAGAUACUUAUGGAUUUUCUUUUAGAUAUACUGGUUUGAUUCGUCGGAAAGCAAGGCCCGGGAUGCGGUCACCAUUCGGUUGCUGGUGUCGAUGAUCGAUUCUGUGAUUGUACAUUUCCAAAACCGAAUCCCCCCAUAUCAGAUUGCGGGUAGAUCGAGAGCCAUGAUUGCAUGCUAUCCGGGUAAUGGCACUCGAUAUGUGAAACAUGUAGAUAACCCCAUCAAGGAUGGACGGUGCAUCACCUCCAUCUACUAUUGCAAUGACGAUUGGAUCCUCUCUGAGCAUGGUGGUACUCUCAGAUUGUAUCCAGAGACCUCGCGCGUUCCCAUGGACAUUGACCCUCAGGCGGAUCGGCUGGUCUUCUUCUGGUCGGACAGGAGAAAUCCCCAUGAAGUGUUACCUGUCUUCAGACAUCGGUAAGGGAUUGAUUUGAUUGAUAUAGUUGUUUAGAUAUGCUGUUACUAUCUGGUAUUUCGAUCAGAACGAGAAACAAAAGGCGAAGGAGAGACAACGGGAAGAGGAGAGAGAACAGGCUGGCCAAGGCGAGAUUAUCGACCGGUCGAAUGUCAAUUCAGCUCCCAUGCCAAGAAAGCGUAAGAUUUAAUUCACUAAGCACGAUCUCCUAUUUUAAAACCUGUAUACUCAAUUAUUGUUUAGCAUCUCCUCCCCGAGUCGACCAACCCAUGGACACAUCCUCGGCACGGGUCAAAUAUCGCUCAAGAUCCCCGGGCUUUGAUGAGGAUGAUGAUGAAGACCAACAAGGUUCCGCGCAGCCUGCCAAGAAAUAUGUCCCUGACUUUGAAGUCUAGUCUGUUUAUAUUAGCCAAAAUGAUUUAUAUCCGAGUCAUCGGAGGUAAUUAAAUUAGCAUAUUCUUACUUUAUUUAUGAUUCGAGCUUUCUCCUUAUGUUGUAUCAAUCACCCGUGCCAACCACCAUUGUAUAUUAAAAAAAAUAAAAAUUUGAUAAAAGACUUGUGAUCGGUAUAUAUUGUUGUAGACGACGGCUUGGGGAACAGUUUUAACAUUGAGUUUGGAUUUAAUUACGUCAUGUUGCGUCACAAUCUAAAUGCAUUAAAGUAGAUGACGCAACCGGUAUUUUACAACGCCCAUCCCGCAAAUCCAAUGAAACGUGCGAACAGACAGACGCCUCUUCUUCACCGUGUCUGAGGAUUCGUUUUUUACGCGCUGAACGAGUUUACGAAAAGUUAAAAGGUUAAUGAUUAAACUGAAUAAGUAAAUGAAUGCUUGUCUGUUGCUGCAAUAGAACGCGAAAAAAAUGAAGUGUCAAAGAUGGGGAAGAGAAAAGGUUUCAUGAUUGGAUUAAGAGGUGAUAAUUCAUUGAGAGCACUGCGACAGACACUAUUUAUAAUAUCAGCACCACCAAGGCAUAUGGCUAGCCGAAUUGCUUGCCAUUUUGACUUACGGCUAAGAAUGCAACUUACUGGCCAACCAGACAACUCUCUUCUAGACCUACAGAUCAUUUAAGCCCUUUGGCUAGCUCUUAUAGAUCUUAAAUUAGCCCGUUUUUUCAAACAGUGGGUCGUAAUCGCUGAAUGCACUACCAAAAAAACCAAUUCUUAACCCCUAGGAAUCAUUUAUCUUUGAUCAACAACCUUGGGCACGAGGAGCUUUCUUAAUCGUUAAUUUAGCAAACUUUUAGUAAGUUUUAAGCCCAAUUACUCUUCAAUUACUCUAAAUUGAUCCGAAUAUACUCCCCUGAACUCUUACACUUGGAGGUCGCAAAUUUUAUCAAUCGUCUCUUGCGUCGGAAUCCUCGAAUACGACCAUAAAAAGUGGUUAAAAGUGACCUUCGAACGCGAAUACCUUUUUGUUUUGCUCGGAGGAAUCCGCGGUGCAUUUUUAACAUAAUUUUCAUCAAAAAGCGACAAACAAUGCGAUCGCUGGAACCUGACAAGUGAUAAGAAAGUGAUAAAAAAUGUUUUUUUGUAUAGGUGAUCGGAUUAGUUUCACUUUAAGGAAACACUUGUUUUGUUUUGAGGUCGUAUUUAAGGCGUCGAGGCCGCGGUUCCAAUCAGAUCAUUCGAUUUCUCAUCAUCCAUUGGUAAGUGUCCCGAUGGUAUUACAGUAUGUGAUUACUGUCGUCUUACUCUACGUUUCUUGUCUUUGUUUUCAUUUUAAUUACUGUCUUCUCUUCAGAACCAAUAAUGAAAUUCUUGGCCAUCUUCGUCGCUCUUCUCGUCGCCGUCUUCGCUCAACAAAACCCCAUGGAUCAGAUGCAUUUGGAGCGUGUCUUCGAGCCCUACACCUAUCAGCGUAUGAACUACGAUGCCUCCAGAAUGGCCUACAAUGCCAGAUACCCCAACAACAACUACCACCGUGUCGAUGGAUGGCAACCAGCCACUUGGGACGACAUCUUCGGAUCUCGCAGAUACGGAAGAAAGUAG